AUAGUUUUAUUGCAUUGAAUGUAAUCACCGAUUGAUUUGGAUUGGAUUGUAAUCACAAUAUUAGAUGUAAUAUCAAUCAGUUAUGAUAUCAAUGAAGACAUUAUCCAUUAAAUUGACUGAUAUUUGGAUGGAUUGUCAGAAACAGAUGAUUGAUAUGCAAAAUGAAAUCUCGACUCUGAAGACAACGUUGAAGACGUCGGAAAAGAUCUGUAAAUAUCUGGAAAAAUGUAACGAAACUCUGGUGUCGAUCAUCGAGUUGUGCCAAUUGGAUGUCUGUCGUGACCAACGAGUUGUCCAAUUGGUCGGAUCGGUCAAAGAAGUGGAAAACAGUAUUGUACGGGAAAAGGAAAAUCUGCGGACACUUCAUCUGAAUGAAGACAAACGGACUGUGUUUGGAUGCGACGACAAAUCAAUUGUUAAACUGAUCGGCGACUUGAAUCAAAUGUUGUCAAAGAAACGACAUCCAGAAGCUGUUGCCAUUACUUAUGAUAAAUGUUGUCAAACAGGUUGCGAUGAAAUUGAAGAUCAAUGGCCGCCGCUACCGAUGCCUUCAACUGUCGAUGAUAUCGCUGAUGGUAUUGCCAGCAAACAAGAGCUUAUCUUACCGUCAAUUAAGAUGGAAACCAAUGUCGAUGUCGCGACUAUAAGACAACCGAUGCAUACUAUAGGAACAGUUGGUGCAGACAAUAGUUGUCUUAUUAAAGAAGAGUUUAGUUUCAAUUCAAAAGUAACGAAAACUUAUUCAAAACGCCUAUUGAAUGCCAUUGCCGUUGAUGACCGGCUAACGGCUGCUACGGUUGGCCACAACAACAGCAGCAGCAGCGACGGCGUUGAUGAUGGAAAAGAUGACGAAUCGGUCGACACUAUUGACAAUGAUUUAGCUGACAAUCGGAUCGAUUUGAGCGAUAGUGAGCUAAUGGGCGCCGACGAUGAUAUUAAUCUCGGCGAAACUGAUAUUGACUUUUGGCGGUCAUCGGAGUCGAUAAAAUCGCGAUCAUCGGAAUACAAGAGACGACGGCAACGAAUUCACCGAUUGAUUGAGCCGUGUUUGGUCACUGAUCACUACGUAUGCAAUAAGAGUCGGUGUCAGUUCACUACACGAAACAAAAUCGUUAUGUAUAGACAUUUGACACAACACGAGACAGCAGUAGUCAGAGGAGGAGCUGAUCCGACAACGAAAGUCAGACGAGUCAGACAUAACGAAUGGACAUAUAUUCAAGAGAUAGUCAGACCGUACAAAGUCGAUGACGAGUUUGUCUGCCAGGAAACAGAUGAUUGCGGUUAUACCAGCAAAAAGUCACGCGAUUUCUAUAGACAUCUCAGACGACACCGAUUAAGUGUAGUGACCACCGAUAAUAGGACCGAUAAAGUUAUCAGCGAUGAGCAAAUCGAUCGGAUUUUGCAACACUUCAUUGACGUCGAUGACGACAACGACGGUAACAACAAAUACGUCUGUUUGCGGGAAAACUGUUCGUACAGUUGUCCGCUUAGUCAACGGGAAUCAUUCUACGAGCACUACAGACAACACGACCGGACCAGCGAUCCGAUUAUUACUGACGACCCGAAUCGGCCGUUCGGAUGCGACGAAUGCGGUUCGCUGUUUAGCCGGCGAUCGGAUGUCCAGCGACACAAACGCGACAGACAUCCGCUGGCAUUGUUUGUUUGCAAUCAUCCGGACUGUGGCGUACGGCUGAAGAAUCUGAAAAAUCUGGUCGAUCACAAACAGACUGUACACGUCCAGAUGAAACGGUACGCGUGCGCCUGGCCUGGAUGCGACUAUCGGGGAUCGACAUCGAAAGCCUUACGCCAGCAUCGACUGCACCAUUCGGAGGUCAAGUCACGGGCGUGCGAAUGGCCCGGUUGUCCGUAUCGGUGCAAAUUGCAGUGGGCAAUGGUUGCCCAUAUGCGUACUCAUACUCGCGAAAAGCCCUAUCAGUGCGAUUGGCCGGACUGUACGUUUCGUACUACACAGCCCUGUACACUGAAAGUACAUCAGCGCCGGCAUACCGGCGAAAAGCCAUACCGGUGCGCGCACAACGACAACGACAACGGUGACGGCGGUUGCGACAAACGAUUUUCAUCGUUGGCCGGAUUGCGGUCGCAUCGAAAGCAACACGUUUUCGGUCAUAUAAGAUAUCAGCGAAAGUCAAAAGUGAUCGCCAAUUGA